CCUGGGUGCUGGGCUUUUAGUCCGGCCCGAGCAAUCGGAGCAAAGGCUGCUUGGAAGGCGCGGCAGCAAAGCGGAGUGAAUCCGGGAUUGUUGUUUUGGUCGUUCGCUGUCUGCUCGCCUUCAGUUCCAUGGGGGCGAUUCGGAGCGUGUUGCGCGCCUUGAAGCGGAUUCCCACCCAACCGCCUUUAAUCCGGAUUGGAACCCCAGCCGUGUAGACGCCUUGAUCUGACUCGCCGGGAUUCCCUUUUCUUCUCUAUCCCACGACAGAGAAAUCCAGGAUUUACUCCGGAUUGAGGCAAUCUUGACCAGCGGCCGCAUCCUCUCAGCCUUGUUUCAUAGCAACCUUUCCUCUUUCCAUCCGAGUCCUGGAUGACCAAUGCGAAAAGUCCGUUGAUGAGCAUCGAUAGGUGAAGAAGGAGGAAGCUUGGUUGAUGACCGUGAAUAGGUGACCCAUCAAGAGACAGGAUGGGACAGAAAGUGACCGGCGGCAUCAAGACGGUGGAUAUGCGGGACCCGGCUUACCGACCGUUGAAGCAGGCGCUUCAGAGCUUGGACUACUGCAAGCCGGCCCGGCUGGACUUACUUUUGGACAUGCCGUCGGCCUCCUACGAGGCACAGUUGACACACUCGUGGAACAACGACGACCGGUCGCUCAACGUCUUUGUGAAGGAGGACGACAAGCUCAUCUUCCACCGGCACCCGGUGGCCCAGAGCACGGAUGCCAUCCGGGGCAAAGUGGGCUACACGCGGGGGCUCCACGUCUGGCAGAUCACCUGGGCCAUGCGCCAGCGGGGCACCCAUGCUGUCGUUGGGGUGGCUACAGCCGAGGCCCCAUUGCACUCUGUGGGUUACACAACGCUGGUAGGAAAUAACCACGAGUCCUGGGGCUGGGACCUGGGGCGCAACCGGCUCUACCACGACGGCAAGAACCAGCCUGGCAAGACCUACCCGGCCUUCCUGGAGCCCGACGAGACCUUCGUGGUGCCGGACUCCUUCUUGGUGGUGCUGGACAUGGACGAUGGGACGCUGAGUUUCGUGGUGGAUGGCCAGUACAUGGGGGUGGCCUUCCGUGGGCUGAAAGGGAAGAAACUUUACCCAGUGGUGAGCGCCGUGUGGGGCCAUUGCGAAAUCCGCAUGCGCUACUUGAAUGGACUGGAUCCCGAACCCUUGCCUCUCAUGGACCUUUGUCGGCGAACUGUGCGCCUUACUUUGGGCAAAUCUCGGUUGAACGAGAUCCAGGACCUUCCGCUGCCGGAAUCUCUCAAGAGUUACCUUCUCUACCAAUGACGUCCAUUUUGGGGCUAGAAGCAAAAUGCGGGUGGGAAGGACCAGUCGGCGAUGGGAGCACCUUUGGACGAGGUUUUACGUUGCUUUCCAUGUUUCUACGCAGACUUUUCUAAUUGGAGAUCUGAAAUUGGUGCCAUGUCGUUGAGAUACUGGCCUUGAUACGUUCCCUGUCCGGUUUGUUUACCCACCUUUUCUGGAGAUUUGGGUUCUCUGAUUCUUCUGCCAGAUUGAUCUGCGUAAUGCCAUUGCUUUGGAAAGGAGAACAUCCUUUGGAGAAGUUGAGGCUACGGAUAUGUGAUCCUGCGUUCGCCACAAUACGAAGGAUUACAAAAAAUGCCCCGAAAAGAUAUCUCUUCCUAUAGACUUGUGUGUUAGACGAUACUGGAAUAAGCAGCCAAAAGACCCUACCAGGUGUCCGAUAUUAACCAUGCCUUCUCCGAAUGGGUAUGAGACCAUCACCACUCAUCAGAAGCUUGGAGAUGCUUGGAGUCUCAAAAUAACUCAUCUUUCUGGGUAUUCACUUGAACCUGUCUGGGGUGAUGAAAGGGGGGUUAUAAUGUGGGGGGUGAGCUUAGAAUGGCACCCCAAGUUUGGGAGUAAGGAGCUUUCCUCCUCUAGCAAUUUGCUCUUCUAGGCUGAUUUUACCUGGAGUUAUCUGGCAUAUAUUUUUGCUGCACUGUAACACCCAGCAAUCCUGGCCAUGGAGGAUGAUGGGCCUUGUAAUCCAAAGGCAUGUGCCAUUGGUCUUGUACCCAAGUCUCUGAAUUUAUAGGAAGUCCUUUGGAAACACUCCUCCGUUGGGUACCGCGGUUAAAAGGGGCUUCUGCGCUGUAACACCCAGCAAUCCUAGCCGUGGAGGAUGAUGGGCCUCGUAAUCCAAAGGAGCAUGCCAUUGGUCUUGUACCCAAGUUUCAGCCUUGGGUUGGCCCUUGUCUUUCUCCCCAAUUUUAAAGACAGCCUUCCAAUAUAUUAUAGAGUUGUAGAAUUCAUGGUUUUCGCCUCCUCUGCAUUCUUCUGGCUCACAUUUUAACUAUCCAAAUUGGAAAAUAUGCCAUGCAUCUGGAUCCUUGGAAAAGGGCUGAAAAAGAUGCCUGAGCCAUGGUUUCCUCUGAAUUGAUAGGAUGUCCUUUGGAAACACUCCUCCGUUGGGUACCGCGGAUACGAAACCUUUAGGGCUCGAUCCAUAAAUGUGCCUCCGUUGGGUACCGCGGAUACGGAACCUUUAAGGCUCGAUGCAUGCAUGUGCCUCCGUUGGGUACCGCGGAUACGGAACCUUUAAGGCUCGAUGCAUGCAUGUGCCUCCGUUGGGUACCGCGGAUACUAAACCUUUAGGACUCGAUCCAUGAAUGUGCCUCCUUUGGGUACCGCGGAUACGAAACCUUUAGGGCUCGAUUCAUGAAUGUGCCUCCGUUGGGUACAGUGGAUACGAAACCUUUAAGGCUUGAUGCAUGCAUGUGCCUCUGUUGAGUACCGCAGAUACGAAACCUUUAGGGCUUGAUCCAUUAAUGUGCCUCCGUUGAGUACCACAGAUACAAAACCUUUAGGGCUCGAUCCAUGAAUGUGCCUCCGUUGGGUACUGCGGAUACAAAACCUUUAGGGCUCGAUCCAUGAAUUUGCCCCCAUUGGGUACCGUGGAGACGAAACCUCUUGGGCUUGAUCCAUGAAUGUGCCUCCGUUGGGUACCGCGGAGACGAAACCUUUAGGGCUCGAUCCAUGAAUGUGCCCCCAUUGGGUACCGCGGAGACGAAACCUUUAGGGCUCGAUCCAUGAAUGUGCCUCCGUUGGGUACCGAGGAUACGAAACCUUUAGGGCUCGAUUCGUGAAUGUGCCUCCGUUGGGUACCGAGGAUACGAAACCUUUAGGGCUCGAUUCGUGAAUGUGCCUCCGUUGGGUACCGCGGAUACGAAACCUUUAGGGCUCGAUUUGUGAAUGUGCCUUCGUUGGGUACCGCGGAUACAAAACCUUUAGGGCUCGAUCCAUGAAUGUGCCUCUGUUGGGUACCGCGGAUAAGAAACCUUUUGGGUUCUAUCCAUGAAUUUGCCUCCGUUGGGUAUCGCGGAGACGAAACCUUUAGGGCUCGAUCCAUAAAUGUGCUGCAUUGUCACUCUAGAAGAGCAAAUUUAUCCAAGGAGAGGAGUGUGUUGCCAUUAAUUUAGUCAAAUUCACAACCUUCUAAGCUCCCUCCACCACGGGGUAUAUUUUGCACAUAGUUUUCUUACGGGAUGGGGAAAACACCAAUUUCUCUCUAAUGGCCUCACCGGAUUUGUGUAGGGUGUGUUCUCUAUAUAGGUACAAGUGAGCUUAUUUGUUAGGAAAUGUUAAUAUAUAUAUAUAUAUUGUCUUUUUGUAUGGAAGAGAGCUGUGUUUGGGUCUAUGUUUUUUAAGAAAUGCUGCUGUGGGAAACUUAUUAUAGCCUCGAUUUUUUUUUUUUUUUUGAAAGCACACAAGUGGUGCCAAGAUCAGAUUUGGGGAGAACGCCGCAACCUUCCUCCUCUUUUUUGGGAAAUGAACUGUCACAAGAGGGACACUUUGAAAUUGCACAAAGGACUAUAAAUGUGUUUCGGAGCCAGGCUUCUUCUUGUUUCAACAUCCUUCACUCCUACUUGGGUCUCUUCCACCAACCAUCUUUUCCUCUGACCCUGGUUUCCACCUCUUGGUGAGUCAAUAUUGUGUAGCUUUUGAACCUUUUCCACUCUUCUCCCCCCACUAUUGAUUGUAGAUGAUCAGUUAUCGUUUUUUAAAAAAAAAACCAAUAAAAAUAAAAGUUUAUUAAAUACUGUGAA